GUUCCCCCUAAUCUUUUUCUCCUUUAUAUAAGAAUACGACCGGAAUACGGUCAUCCCGCAGGGAUUGCGAUAGAGAUUUAGCUACAUGACCUUAGGCUGAACGCUCUUUUAUCUCAUCCUGACCUCUUUUCCUUCUCUUCCUUUUCUUCCCCUCGUCAUCUCCCUCUGUGACUCUCCUUGCUCAUCCUUCCCCUUCUCUUCCUCCCUCCCCUAUUCUUGAUUGAAAGCUCUCAGAUCACGAUCUAUAUAAUAUACUCAUACUCAUUGUCUGGCUUCCGACCUGAUCAGAGACUUCGUGUCUCGCCCUCAUCGUCAUCAUGAAUGUUUUCGGCGCGAUUAACCCGAAUCCGAACCCCUCGCGGACGGUGGAAUCGGGUAGACGGGAUAGUGUGGGCCAGGAGCAAGGUGCCCUGAUGCCGGACGACUCGCCCGCCUACGCCGACCACGAGGGACAAGGCAGCCAUAUCAGCAUGGCCGAUACCAUGGCCGAGAGCCAUGAUGAAUCCUACAGCGACAAGCAAAGCCGGAUGAGCCAGGUCAGCGAGGAGCACGUGCGCGAGGCCAAGGUCUCCCAUCUGGCCCGACAGUUGACCCGCCAGUCCACUCGCUUCUCCACCAUGGACAAUAACGUGAACCCCUUCCUCGGUACCCCGGAUGAUUCGACCUUGAACCCGCACGGCCCCAACUUCAGCUCCAAGAACUGGAUGAAGAACCUGCUGGCCCUGUCGUCGCGGGACCCCGAACGCUACCCGAAACGCCAGGCCGGCGUGGCCUUCCAGAACCUCAGCGUCCACGGCUUUGGCAGUCCCACCGACUACCAGAAGGAUGUCUUCAACUCCGUCCUGCAGGUCGGCGCGCUGGCUCGGACCCUCGUGGGCUCUGGCAAGCAGAAGAUCCAGAUCCUCAACGAGUUUGACGGCCUCGUCAAGAGCGGCGAGAUGCUGGUCGUCCUGGGUCGUCCCGGCAGUGGUUGUUCGACUUUCCUCAAGACCCUGGCCGGCGAGAUGAACGGUCUCCACAUGGACUCCGAGUCCCAACUCAACUACCAGGGUAUCUCCGCCAAGCAGAUGCGCAAGCAGUUCCGAGGCGAGGCCAUCUACACGGCCGAGACCGACGUGCACUUUCCCCAGCUGUCGGUGGGCGACACCCUGAAGUUUGCCGCCCUGACCCGCGCCCCGCGGAACCGUCUGCCCGGCGUGUCCAAGGAUCAGUAUGCGGAGCACAUGCGGGACGUCGUCAUGGCCAUGCUGGGCCUGUCGCACACCUUGAAUACCAAGGUCGGCAACGAUUUCGUCCGCGGGGUCAGUGGCGGUGAACGCAAGCGUGUCAGUAUCGCCGAGGUGACCCUCAGCGGCAGUCCUCUCCAGUGCUGGGACAACAGUACCCGUGGACUGGACAGCGCCAACGCCCUGGAGUUUUGCAAGACCUUGAACCUGAUGACCAAGUAUGCGGGUGCAACCGUUGCCGUUGCCAUCUACCAAGCGUCGCAGAGUGCCUACGACGUCUUCGACAAGGUGACCGUCCUCUACGAAGGCAGACAAAUCUACUUUGGUCGCACCGAAGACGCCAAGGAGUUCUUCACCAACAUGGGAUUCCACUGCCCAGAUCGUCAGACCACCGCCGAUUUCUUGACCUCCCUCACUAGCCCGGCGGAGCGGAUCGUAAAGCCCGGAUUCGAGGGCCGCGUCCCCCAGACGGCCGAUGAGUUUGCGGCCGUCUGGAAGCAGAGUGAUGCCCACCGCCAGCUUCGACAGGAGAUCGACGAAUACAGCAAGGAGUUCCCCUUCCACGGAGAAGCCCUUGGCAAGUUCGUCGAGUCUCGCAAAGCCAUGCAGGCCCGGAACCAGCGCGUGAAAUCGCCGUAUACCGUGUCGAUUUAUGAGCAAGUCCGUCUGUGCAUGGUUCGAGGCUUCCAGCGCCUGAAGGGUGAUGCCAGCUUGACCUUGUCGCAGCUAAUCGGUAACUUCAUCAUGGCCUUGAUCAUCGGCAGUGUCUUCUUCCAGAUGAAGGAGGACACGAAUAGUUUCUUCUCCCGUGGUGCUCUGCUUUUCUUUGCCGUCCUGCUCAACGCCUUUUCCAGUGCCCUCGAGAUUCUCACCCUGUACGCUCAACGCCCAAUUGUCGAAAAGCAGUCCCGGUACGCCAUGUAUCACCCGUUCGCGGAAGCGAUCGCGUCAAUGCUUUGUGAUAUGCCCUACAAGCUCACCAACGCGGUCACCUUCAACGUCACGCUUUAUUUCAUGACGGGUCUUCGUCAAACCCCAGGGGCCUUCUUCACGUUCCUGCUCUUCUCGUUCGUCACCACGUUGACCAUGUCCAUGCUGUUCCGCACGCUCGCCUCCAGCUCUCGCACUCUGUCGCAGGCCCUGGUGCCCGCGGCGGUCCUGAUCCUGGGCCUGGUCACCUACACCGGUUUCACGAUUCCCACGCGGAAUAUGCUUGGCUGGUCCCGGUGGAUGAACUACAUCAACCCCAUCGCGUACGGCUUCGAAAGUUUGAUGGUCAAUGAGUUCCACGCCCGGGAAUUCCCCUGCAACCAGAAAAUGUUUGUCCCCGCUGGUCCUGGGUACACUGAACUGGAAUACUCAGUCUGCUCGACUGUCGGUGCCGUGAGUGGGCAAUCGACGGUCCAGGGUACCGAGUUCCUCGCCAAGAGCUUCGAGUAUUUCGUCGGCCACAAGUGGAGGAACCUCGGCAUCAUGUUUGCGUUCAUGGCCUUCUUCCUGACGACCCAUCUCAUGACCACCGAAUACAUCUCCGAGGCCAAGUCGAAGGGUGAGGUACUGCUCUUCCGUCGCGGCCACACCGCAGUUUCGUCCCGCGACGAGGAGAGCGGCUCCUCGUCGAGCGGCGCCGAGAAGACCGCCGAAUCGGUACCCCAGGAAACGGCCGCCAUCCAGAGACAGGAGGCCAUCUUCCACUGGCAAGACGUGUGCUACGACGUCAAAAUCAAGAGCGAAACGCGCCGCAUUCUCGACCACGUGGACGGAUGGAUCAAGCCUGGCACCUGUACCGCGCUCAUGGGCGUGUCGGGUGCCGGUAAGACUACGCUUCUGGAUGUGCUGGCUACCCGUGUCACCAUGGGAGUCGUGACCGGUGAGAUGCUGGUCGACGGCCGCGCUCGUGAUCAAUCCUUCCAGCGGAAGACUGGUUAUGUGCAGCAGCAGGAUCUCCACCUUCCCACUACUACGGUCCGCGAGGCGCUGCGCUUCAGUGCCUUGCUUCGUCAACCCGCCCAUGUCUCCCGUCAGGAAAAGCUCGACUACUGCGAAGAGGUCAUCAAGCUUCUCGGAAUGGACUCCUACGCCGAUGCCGUUGUUGGUGUUCCCGGUGAAGGUCUCAAUGUGGAACAGCGUAAGCGUCUGACCAUCGGUGUGGAACUGGCCGCCAAGCCGCAACUGCUUCUCUUCCUGGACGAGCCCACCUCCGGUCUCGACAGUCAGACUUCCUGGUCGAUCCUGGAUCUCAUCGAGACCCUGACCAAACACGGCCAAGCGAUCCUCUGCACCAUCCACCAGCCCUCGGCCAUGCUCUUCCAGCGCUUCGACCGUCUCCUCUUCCUCGCCAAGGGCGGCAAGACCGUCUACUUCGGCGACAUCGGAACCAACUCGUCCACCCUGUCCAACUACUUCGAGAAGAACGGCGCGCAGAAGCUCCCCGCCGAAGCCAACCCCGCCGAAUGGAUGCUGGAAGUGAUCGGCGCCGCGCCCGGCUCCCACAGCGACAUCGACUGGCCCACCGUCUGGCGCGACAGCCCCGAGCGCCAGGGCGUGCUCAACCACCUCGGCGAGCUCAAGACCACCCUGCAGCAAAAGCCCGUCGACUCAUCAUCCACAGCCGACGCAGGCAGCUACAACGAAUUCGCCGCCCCCUUCAGCGCCCAGCUCCGCGAAUGCCUCCUCCGCGUCUUCUCCCAGUACUGGCGCACGCCCAUCUACAUCUACUCCAAAGCGGCCCUCUGCAUCCUCUCGGCGCUCUACAUCGGCUUCUCCUUCUUCCAGGCCAACAACUCCCAACAGGGCCUCCAAAACCAAAUGUUCAGCAUCUUCAUGCUAAUGACCAUCUUCGGCAACCUCGUCCAACAAAUCAUGCCCAACUUCUGCACCCAGCGCUCCCUCUACGAAGCCCGCGAGCGGCCCUCAAAGGCCUACUCCUGGCAAGCCUUCAUGACCGCCAACAUCAUCGUCGAACUCCCCUGGAACGCCCUCAUGGCCGUCUUCGUCUUCGUCUGCUGGUACUACCCGAUCGGCCUCUACCGCAACGCCAUCGAGUCCCCGCAGUCCGUCCCCGAACGCGGCGGCCUCAUGUUCCUCCUCAUCCUGUCCUUCCUCCUCUUCACCUCCACCUUCGCCCACAUGAUGAUCGCCGGCAUCGAGCUCGCCGAGACCGGCGGCAACCUCGCCAACCUCCUCUUCUCCCUCUGCCUCAUCUUCUGCGGCGUCCUCGCCACCCCGCAGAACAUGCCCGGCUUCUGGAUCUUCAUGUACCGCGUCUCCCCCUUCACCUACCUCGUCUCCGGCAUGCUCUCCACCGGCGUGUCGGGCGCAAAGGCCGUCUGCGAUAAGGUCGAGUUCCUCUCCUUCAACCCGCCUCCCGGCAAGACCUGCGCCGAGUACAUGCAAAACUACAUCGUCAUGGCCGGCAAGGGCGACUUCACCGCUGGCGGCUACCUCAGUAAUCCCGACGCCAUGUCCGACUGCUCUUUCUGCUCCAUGAGCAAGACAGAUUCGUUCCUGGCCCAAGUGAACAGCUUCUACGGCGAUGCUUGGCGCAACUUUGGCCUGAUGUGGGUCUUUAUCGCUUUUAAUAUUGCGGGUGCCGUGUUUAUUUACUGGCUUGCGAGAGUGCCCAAGUCGAAGAAGGCUUAGAAUCUUUUUUUUUCUUAAUUAUUAAUUUGUUUUUCUUUUUUUUUUUUCUUUUUUUUUUUUUCUUUUUCUUUACUUUUUCUUUGU